AUGGAAGAACCUCCUGUCCAGUUUUCUGAUGAGGACCUUGUGGACAACUUCCCUAACAUGGAUGACGAAAGAAUCCAGCUAGAGGAUCUGGAGUUUGAUGUAGAACGGUCUCCUGAGGGACUAGAGGAUGACGGCGGCCACAGUUCAGCGAAAAAGGAGAGCGCAGGUGCCGAGAAAAUGAGGAAGGCAACCACUAAAGACAGAGUCCAGGCGUUUCAUCUUCGGAAGAGCUUGAACCUUCUAGACAAGAUGCAUGAGGAAAAGGACGUUUUCAUCCAGAAGACCAAGGGGGAGCUGCGUAUCUGUCGUCAGAGGAUGGACCUCCUCGCCAAACAGCAGGAGAGCUUGGCAGCCGAGAUCGCCUCAGAGAAAGAAGCCAACAACAUGUAG